GCCCCCCGGCCCCGAUGCCGGCCCGGGCCGCGCCGCUGCCCCCGGCCCCGCUGCCCGCCGAGCUGCGACGACGGCUGCAGGACCUGGAGAGGGAUGGGGACGCCCUGAGUGACAAGGAGUGUGUGAAGGAGAAGCUGAGCCUCAUCCAUGGCUUCCUGCAGGCCGAUGUCCAGAAGCAGCUGAGCGAGCUGGAGGCCAAACUGCGCCGCCAGGAGCUGUCGGAGGAGAGGUACCUGGCCCAGGUGAGAGCUCUGCUGCAGCAGCAGCUCCGGGGGCAGAAUGGCGCCGCGGCUCCGGCGUCCAACGGCUGCUCCCGGCACGACGGCAGCGACGAGGAGUGGGAGCGGGAGCGGGCCGGGGACGGCGAGGACGACAGCGCCCUGGACAUGGAGGAAGCAGCUGCCUCCUCCUCCUCCUCCUCCUCGGCCCCGACGCCGCGGGCGCGCAGAGCCCGGAGGAGCCGAUCCAACGGCGAGAGCAGAAAGGCUGCCGCCAGCUCCCGGGUGACCCGCAGCUCCGGCCGCCAGCCCUCCAUCCUCAGCCUGUUCUCCAAAGGGACCAACAAGAGGAAAUCUGAGGAGGUGAACGGGGAGGUGCAGCAGGAGCUGAUGAGCGUGGAGCAGGAGGAGGAGGAGCUGGAGGAGAAGGAGCAAGAUGAGAAAAGGAUUAAAAUGGAAACCAAAGAAGGGCUGGAGAUGAAGGAUGAAAUCACUCAGGUUAAAACCACCCCACCUGCUAAAACGACCCCUCCCAAGUGCGUGGACUGUCGGCAGUACCUCGACGACCCCGACCUCAAGUUCUUCCAGGGGGACCCCGACGAUGCCCUGGAGGAGCCCGAGAUGCUGACAGAUGAGCGCUUGUCCAUCUUCGACGCCAACGAGGACGGCUUCGAGAGCUACGAGGACCUGCCCCAGCACAAAGUCACCUCCUUCAGCGUCUAUGACAAGAGAGGCCACUUGUGCCCCUUCGACACCGGCCUGAUCGAGAGGAACAUCGAGCUCUACUUCAGUGGUGCUGUGAAACCCAUCUAUGAUGACAACCCCUGUCUGGAUGGUGGGGUGAGAGCCAAGAAGCUGGGGCCCAUCAACGCCUGGUGGAUCACGGGCUUUGAUGGAGGGGAGAAGGCUUUGAUAGGCUUCACCACAGCCUUUGCUGACUACAUCCUGAUGGAGCCCAGCGAGGAGUACGCCCCCAUCUUCGCCCUCAUGCAGGAGAAGAUCUACAUGAGCAAGAUUGUGGUGGAGUUCCUGCAGAACAACCGCGACGUCAGCUACGAGGAUCUGCUCAACAAGAUCGAGACCACUGUUCCUCCUGCUGGGCUCAACUUCAACCGCUUCACCGAGGACUCUCUGCUGCGCCAUGCCCAGUUCGUGGUGGAGCAGGUGGAGAGCUACGACGAGGCCGGCGACAGCGACGAGCCGCCCGUCCUCAUCACCCCCUGCAUGAGGGACCUCAUCAAGCUGGCUGGAGUCACCCUGGGCAAGAGGCGAGCUGUGAGGCGACAGGCCAUCAGGCACCCCACCAAGAUAGACAAGGACAAAGGUCCCACCAAAGCCACCACCACCAAGCUGGUGUACCUCAUCUUCGACACCUUCUUCUCGGAGCAGAUCGAGAAGGACGAGAGGGAAGAGGACAAAGAGAACGCCACCAAGCGCCGGCGCUGCGGCGUCUGCGAGGUCUGCCAGCAGCCCGAGUGUGGGAAGUGCAAAGCCUGCCAGAACAUGGUGAAGUUUGGGGGCAGUGGAAGGAGCAAACAGGCCUGUCUGCAGCGGAGGUGCCCCAACCUGGCUGUCAGGGAGGCUGAUGAGGAUGAGGAGGUGGAUGACAACAUCCCCGAGAUGCCUUCGCCCAAGAAGAUGCUGCAGGGCAGGAAGAAGAAGCAGAACAAGAGCCGCAUCUCCUGGGUCGGGGAACCCAUCAGGAGUGAUGGCAAGAAGGAUUAUUACCAGAGGGUCUGCAUCGACUCAGAGACCCUGGAGGUGGGAGACUGUGUCUCUGUCAGCCCAGACGACCCCACCAAGCCCCUCUACCUCGCCAGGGUCACGGCCAUGUGGGAGGACAGCGGCGGGCAGAUGUUCCACGCUCACUGGUUCUGCCGCGGCUCGGACACGGUGCUGGGAGCCACCUCGGACCCUUUGGAGCUUUUCCUGGUGGAUGAGUGUGAGGACAUGCAGCUCUCCUACAUCCACGGCAGAGUCCAAGUGAUUUACAAGGGCCCCUCGCAGAACUGGUCCAUGGAGGGAGGGCUGGACACGGAGAUCAAGAUGGUGGAAGAUGAUGGCAGGACUUACUUCUACCAGAUGUGGUACGACCAGGAGUACGCUCGCUUCGAAACGCCCCCCAGGGCGCAGCCCGCCGACGACAACAAGUACAAGUUCUGCAUGAGCUGCGCACGCCUGGACGAGGUGAGGCACAAGGAGAUCCCCAAAGUGGCUGAGCCCCUGGAGGAGGGCGACGGGAAGAUGUUCUACGCCGUGGCCAGCAAGAACGGGGUGCAGUACAGGCUGGGGGAUGGUGUCUACCUCCUGCCAGAAGCCUUUUCCUUCAGCGUGAAACCUGCCAGCCCGGCCAAGAGGCCCAAGAAGGAGGCGGUGGACGAGGAGCUGCACCCCGAGCACUACCGCAAGUACUCCGAGUACAUCAAGGGCAGCAACCUGGACGCGCCGGAUCCCUUCCGCGUGGGGCGCGUCAAGGAGAUCUUCUGCCCCCUGCGCAGCAACGGCAAACCCAACGAGGCCGACAUCAGGCUGCGUGUCUGCAAGUUCUACAGGCCCGAGAACACGCACAAGGCCACCAAGGCCAGUUACCACGCCGACAUCAACCUGCUGUACUGGAGCGACGAGGAGGCCGUGGUGGAGUUCCGCGCCGUGCAGGGCCGCUGCACCGUGGUGUACGGCGAGGACCUGGCCCAGAGCAUCCAGGAAUACUCUGCUGCCGGCCUGGAUCGCUUCUACUUCUUGGAGGCUUACAACGCCAAAACCAAGAGCUUUGAGGAUCCCCCCAACCACGCCCGGAGCUCUGGCACCAAAGGGAAGGGGAAGGGCAAAGGGAAAGGCAAAGGCAAGGGGAAGGCGGCGCUGAGCUGGGAGCGGAGCGAGCUGGAGCCUCCCGAGCUGAAGCUGCCCAAGCUGCGAACCCUGGACGUGUUCUCAGGCUGUGGGGGGCUGUCUGAGGGCUUCCACCAGGCAGGAGUGUCAGAGACUCUGUGGGCCAUCGAGAUGUGGGAGCCAGCCGCUCAGGCUUUCCGCCUCAACAACCCCGGCACGACGGUGUUCACGGAGGAUUGCAACGUGCUGCUGAAGCUGGUCAUGUCUGGAGAAAAGACCAACUCCCUGGGGCAGAAGCUGCCUCAGAAGGGGGACGUGGAGAUGCUUUGUGGUGGCCCCCCCUGCCAGGGCUUCAGCGGCAUGAACCGCUUCAACUCCCGCACCUACUCCAAGUUCAAGAACUCCCUGGUGGUCUCUUUCCUCAGCUACUGUGACUACUACAGGCCUCGGUUCUUCCUGCUGGAGAACGUCAGGAACUUCGUGUCCUUCAAGCGUUCCAUGGUGCUGAAGCUCACCCUGCGCUGCCUCGUGCGCAUGGGCUACCAGUGCACCUUCGGGGUGCUGCAGGCGGGGCAGUACGGGGUGGCACAGACGCGGCGCAGAGCCAUCGUGCUGGCGGCGGCUCCCGGCGAGAAGCUGCCCAUGUUCCCGGAGCCGCUGCACGUCUUCGCCCCUCGCGCCUGUCAGCUCAGCGUCGUGGUGGACGACAAGAAGUUCGUCAGCAACAUCACCAGGACCUACUCGGGGCCGUUCCGCACCAUCACGGUCAGAGACACCAUGUCCGACCUCCCCGAGAUCCGCAACGGCGCCUCAGCCCUGGAGAUCUCCUACAAUGGGGAGCCCCAGUCCUGGUUCCAGCGGCAGAUCCGCGGCUCCCAGUACCAGCCCAUCCUCAGGGACCACAUCUGCAAGGACAUGAGCGCGCUGGUGGCCGCGCGGAUGCGCCACAUCCCGCUGGCGCCGGGCUCGGACUGGCGGGACCUGCCCAACAUCGAGGUGCGCCUGUCGGACGGGAGCAGCACGCGCAAGCUGCGCUACACCCACCACGAGAGGAAGAACGGCCGCAGCAGCGCCGGCGCCCUGCGAGGGGUCUGCUCCUGCGCCGAAGGGAAGCCCUGUGACCCUGCAGACCGUCAGUUCAACACCCUCAUCCCCUGGUGCCUGCCCCACACCGGCAACCGCCACAACCACUGGGCCGGGCUCUACGGGAGGCUGGAGUGGGACGGCUUCUUCAGCACCACCGUCACCAACCCCGAGCCCAUGGGCAAGCAGGGCCGGGUGCUGCACCCCGAGCAGCACCGAGUGGUGAGCGUGAGGGAAUGCGCCCGCUCCCAGGGCUUCCCCGACACCUACCGGCUCUUCGGCAACAUCCUGGACAAGCACAGACAGGUGGGGAACGCCGUGCCGCCGCCGCUGGCCAAAGCCAUCGGGCUGGAGAUCAAGUCGUGCGUGUUGGCGAAGCUGAGGGAGGACACGGCGGAGCCCCCGGAGAAGACGGAGCCCCCGGCAGCCGCCGUCUGACGCCGCCCCUGCUGCUGCACCCCCCGGAUCAUGCACUGAUUUACCCCUCUCCUUGGGGGUGGUUUUUUGUCCAUUUCAUUUGUUUUUUUGUUCCGUUUUAUGUCCUUUUUUUGUUUAUUUUCUCUCCUGUUUUUGGUUUAUUUCGUUCCCCCCCCCGCUCCUCUCUCCCUCCUCCCCCUCUGCCGCUCUCUGUGAUGCUCAAACUCCAUUUAACCCCCCUGUCCUCACUCCCACCCCCUCCUCCUUCCCUCCCCCCUCGGCCCUGCCCUGGGGCCUCCUCGGGCUCCUGUUUUUAACGCCGCGAUUGUACUGAAAAUAAUCGGCCGCUUUGUACAAGUGGGAACUGAGACUUUAUCGUAGGUUUUUUUAUAUGUUGUAAUAUUUCUUCGAAUAAAUCUCUCCUGUAAAUUAUAAAA